AUGAUUUGGGUUUCAUUAAGUUCAGUCAUUUUAUUGUCGGUUUUGUCCAUCAUAGACACAUUCUCUAUUAUAUUUUCUGAUUCUUGUGAUAGUUUGGGAACAUUGCUUUACGACGAAAUCGGAUGCAAACCAAUUAAAGAAGUUAACAUUAGUUGUCCUGUAGCUUACAAUUGCUCCAAUUAUCAAUUACCAAAAAAUGGAUGUUUGUUUAAAACGCACGUUUAUAAGAGUGGAGAAACCAUUAACAAAACCAAUCCUUGCAACUAUUGCACAUGCUACAAAAAUUCACAGAAUAAAUUCCAAUUAUCAUGUAUCGAUUGGAAUAUAUUAAGAGUACCUUAUGGUAAAUAUGGAUUUUCAUCUGACUGCUACUUUACUGGUGAUCUGAAUAGUUGUUUCCCAUCUACAAAAUGUGCUCCGUAUAACAAUGCGGCUAUAUGUGUAGUAGAUCACGAAAGUCACAUAGAAGGACAAGAAUUUCAACCGUAUGGUAGAUGCAUGGAUUGCGUCUGUCAGAAGGGUUUUGAAGGGAAAUUAGUGGAACCUUUCUGCAGAAAAAAACGAUGCGACGUGGAAAUCAAAUUUACUAAACAGAUAAUAAACAACUGCGCUCCUUUAUAUUCAAAGUUUGAAAAUCCAAUUUGUUGCCCUAGAAAUUUCAUAUGUCCAUCUGACUCAAAAAUUGAGAAUCUCGUAAAAUCCAAGUCAGUUGAUAAAGUGGAGAAAUGUAAAUUUGGAUCGAAAACUUUCAACAAAAUGGAUACAUUGGAUUUGGUUUACGGUGACAAUUAUACAGCAAAAUGUGAAUGUUCUCUACCUCCUUUAUUGACUUGUCUUAAUUAACUAAGA